UUACUUUACACGACAUGUUCUUCUUCUCUCUCUCUCUCUCUUGUUCUUCAUCUCAAAAACUUGCUUUUUAAACAAUAAUAGAUCCGUUUCUUCUUCUUACACUCACAUCUGCUUUAUCCAAUUCAUGGGUUUUAAUUAAGAUGCUUUUGAGUUCAUGAUUUUGGUCUCAACUCAUCCAUGGAACCCAAUUUGAUUGUUCUUUAGUGUUCUUCUGUUUUUUUUUUGGGGGGCUUUUGUACGGAGGACUGACAAAUUCUCUGUAAUCGCCGCCGCCGCCGCGCCGCCGUUGUUUUUGAUUACGAUGGCGACGUACUUUCACGGUGGUUCAGAAAUCCAAGCGAGUUCUGACGGAAUCCACACUCUUUACCUUAUGAAUCCCAAUUAUGUACCUUACUCUGACACCCAUUCUCAAACGCCACCCAAUAUGUUAUUUCUCAAUCCAUCCACCCACGCGCUUACUCCAUCCACUCUCCCUCACGCGCCGCCUUCCACUAACCACUUCGUUGGAAUUCCCCUGCCCGCAACCGACACUUCUCGUCCAUCCUACCACGAGAUCUCAGCCCUUCAUUCUGUUCCAGCUCAGCGUCUUCACUACAAUCUAUGGGCUCCUAUGGACCAAAUCUCCUCCGUGUCGGCCGCCACCGACUCCACCGAUUUGAGCUUCCGCCGCCCCCGUACACACCAGGGUUUGUCCUUGAGUCUCUCCUCCCAACAGUCGCUUUACCGGACGAUGUCCGCGGAUCAGGAGAUUCAAGGAGGCAGAGGCGGUGGUGCUCCGGAUAUCUCGCCGACAAGUGGGGAUGAAAUUAGGGUGUCCGGUAAUUCACCGGCGUCGGCGUCGGUGUCGGUGGUGUCGAGUGGGGUAACGGGGUCUAAGUACUUGAAAGCGGCGCAGGAACUUUUGGAUGAAGUGGUAAACGUUGGCAAUGGAAAUAAAACCGACAAAGGGGAUAAGAUGAAGAUGAAGAAAGAAUCAACGGCUGCGAUUGCUGAACCUUCCGGCGGCGGCGCUGAAAGUACUUCCAAGCCUGUCACUGAGCUCAGUACUGCUCAAAGACAGGAUCUUCAGAUGAAGAAAGCUAAACUUAUUGGCAUGCUCGAUGAGGUGGAGCAAAAGUACAGACAAUACCACCAGCAAAUGCAAGCAGUGGCUUGUUCGUUCGAGCAGGCGGCCGGGUUGGGCUCGGCCAAGUGCUACGCCUCGCUCGCCUUACAAACCAUUUCAAAGCAAUUUCGGUGCCUAAAAGAUGCAAUAUGUGCACAAGUUAAAGCCAGUGGCAAGAGCUUGGGGGAAGAGGAUUGGUCCGGUGGAAAGAUUGAAGGGUCCAGAUUGAGAUACGUGGACCAUCAUGUACGGCAGCAAAGAGCUUUGCAACAAUUGGGAAUGAUUCAACAUAACACUUGGAGACCUCAGAGAGGUUUGCCUGAACGGGCUGUGUCUGUUCUUCGUGCUUGGCUGUUUGAGCAUUUCCUUCACCCAUAUCCAAAGGAUUCGGAUAAAGUUAUUCUCGCGAAACAAACGGGACUCACGAGGAGCCAAGUUUCAAAUUGGUUUAUAAACGCAAGAGUUCGUCUAUGGAAGCCAAUGGUUGAAGAAAUGUACUCGGAAGAAAUCAAAGAGCAAGAACAAAACAGUGACUCCCACGACAUGAACAGACACAACAAAAACGAACCCAACAAGCAAAACCACCAGAUCAUGAACGAUUCUCUCACCGAUCAAGUUCCCAAUUCCUUACAAACCCAUUCAGGCUUCAACCUCGUCCGACCAUCCUCCGACAUGCUCUCAUGUCCCAAAAGACAAAGAACAACAAACAACCUCGAAACCCCGUCGACAAAACCUACGCUUUCAAGAGACAUAAACGACACAAAACAUGUUCAUGGAGGCGGGUUUGGUUCGUACCCGAUUGAUGAAAUUGGAACAAGGUUCAAUUCUGAGCUGUUGACGCCAAGAUUUCAUGCCAAUGGCGUCUCGCUCACUCUUGGCCUUCCACAAACUUACCUCUCCGACCCAAACCUUCAGCUGGGGACAAGGGUUGAUAUCACCAAUGGAGGAUCUGACUUCUCCGACAUCGAUCCUGCCCCGGCCACCGCCUACGACGGCGUCGAAAUUCAGACCACCAAAAGAUUUGCUGCCCAAUUAUUGCCUGAUUUUGUCGCCUAAGCAGAUUUAAGCGAACAAAUAUAUAUAUAUGCAUGCAUUAUUUAUACUUAAUUGCUUACGUCAUA